AUGGAAGCCAUGACGGCACGUGUAGAAUUAAAUGAAAUGAGAGGAUGCCUGGCUGAGGCGUAUCCAUUUGCAUUUGGUCUUCGAUUAUUUCCAUCCUUUGCGCAAGCUGGAAGUAAUGGAGGACGUGUACAAAUGCCAAACAUACAUUAUGAAUCACAAAGUGCUGAACAAGGUUGCCACGCGAUGUUGGCAGUGGGAUAUAGUGAUCUAUCAGGAUGUUUCAUUGUUAGAAAUUCAUGGGGUGAAAAGUGGGGUGAUAAGGGCUACUGUUACAUUCCUUAUCAAUAUAUGUGUAAUAUGCAACUUUGUUACAAUAUACAUAUCAUAAAAGUGGCCUGCGAUGACUCUUCUCUUCAGAGAGAUACAAGUAUUCUGAAUCCAUAUGAUUGGAAUGUUGAUAAAAAUAAGCGAUGUUAUAUUCCACAAAACUAUCCUUAUCAAAACUUCGAUUAUAAGUUUUUUUGGAAAUUAAAUGAUAGUUUUAACUAUUUUAUUAGCAUAUCACAAAAUGGACAAGUAGUUCCUUUCGUAUGGAAAACGACAAAGACAGUAAAUAGUAAUGUUGAACAUCACACGGCAGUAUCACCGAAGAACGAAGUUCAAAUUUUGUUUAUUCUUUGGAUCGAUAAAAAAACCAGUGAAAACGGUCAUAUAGAGAAACGGUUGAAAAAUGACAAAAAUGUUAAAAUCGACUUCUGUGAAACAUUACCAAGAGCAGAAGCUCAUAUUUUGAAACACAAGGAUAAAAUCACAUUAUCAUCAACGUUUCAUAUAAUAUGUCGUGGUUAUUAUAAAGAUGAAGAUAAAAAUCCAUUGCAUUUAUUACGUUUCUUGAGUGAUAAUAGUUUAAGUCACGUUCCAGUUCUUGUCUUUACUCAUGAUAAAUCUGGUUUACUGACUCAUUUGCAAAGUGAGGCGCCAUCGAUGGCUAUAAAUGAUUGGAAACAACGCUUAUUUAUUACAGGCAACCAAGAAGAAUUAAUUAAAAAUAUUAAAGAGAAAAUAGCCAAUAAGCAGAGUAGCAAUAAGUAG